AUGACUCGUCCCUUCAGAUAUUUAGGCGAGAGCAACUCGUCCAACGACUCACCAGUUGUCGACUCCGACUUCGUCGUCAUCCUCGCCGCUCUCCUCUGCGCUCUCAUCUGCGUCCUCGGCCUCGUCGCCGUAGCGCGCUGUGGCUGUCUGCGCCGCCUCCGCCUCUCCUCCACCCCCACUCCCCAGCCUACUCUCGCCGCUGCCAACAAAGGCGUCAAGAAGAAGGUCCUCCGCUCCCUCCCCAAGCUCACCGCCACCGCCGAAUCUGCCGUCAAAUUCGCCGAUUGUGCGAUCUGCCUCUCGGAGUUCGCCGCCGGAGACGAAAUCCGAGUGCUGCCUCAGUGCGGACAUGGAUUCCACGUCAGCUGCAUCGACGCCUGGCUCAGAUCGCACUCCUCCUGUCCCUCGUGCCGUCAGAUUCUGGUGGUUUCUCGCUGCGACAAGUGCGGCGGGAUCCCGACUCCGGCGAGCUCCAGCUCUGCGCCUCCGCCUCCGGAAUCCGAGGCCAGAAUCAAGGUAAGGGAGGACAACGGCAAUAGGUUCUUGCCUUAG